AUGCACGUGGACAGCAACCAGACCAUCACCACUGAGUUUGUCUUCCGACCUUUCUCCUCCGUGCCCACCACACGGUGGCUCCUUUUUGUGCUCUUCUUCCUGCUCUACAUUGCCAUUGUUGUAGGCAACACCUCCAUUGUGUGGGUGGUCCACACUGACCGUGCACUCCAGUCCCCCAUGUAUUUCUUCCUGGGGAAUCUGGCCUUGCUGGAGGUCUGCUACACCACCACAGUGGUGCCCCAAAUGCUGGCCAGUAUCCUAGAUCCCUGUACCACCAUCUCCUUGGCUGGUUGUGGGACCCAGAUGUUUCUGUUCCUUGGACUUGGUGGCACAGAUUGUUUCCUGCUGGCCAUCAUGGCAUAUGAUCGAUAUGUAGCCAUCUGCCAACCACUGCGCUACCCGCUCAUCAUGACACAGAAGCUUUGUCUGCGCCUGGUGGUUGCUGCACUGUCACUGGCCUUCCUGCUCUCACUGGAGCUGACAGCAUUGAUCUUUGCCAUGCCCUUCUGCCGGCGCCAGAUCAACCACUUCCUGUGUGAUGUGCCACCCAUGUUGGGCCUGGCCUGUGCUGACAUACAUAUCCACCAGACUGUCCUGUUCACAGUGAGUGUUACCAUCCUGACUGUCCCCUUCCUCCUGAUCUGCCUCUCCUAUGCUUUCAUUGGGACUGCCAUCCUGCGCAUCUGCUCAGCCCAAGGACGUCGCCAGGCCUUCUCCACCUGUACCUCCCACCUGACAGUGGUGCUGCAGCAGUAUGGCUGCUGCAGCCUGGUCUACCUCCGCCCUAAGUCCAAGUCCUCAGAGGAUGAGGAUCGUCAGCUUGCUCUGAUAUACACCUUUGCCACCCCCAUGCUCAACCCACUGAUCUACAGCCUGAGGAACAAGGACAUCAAGGGUGCUCUGCGAAGAGCAGUCAGGCGCACCAUUACUUCCCAUCCUCACUGA